GAACAGCUUUCAAGUUGCAACUUGCAGUACGUGCUUGGCAGCUCAUCUGCAAAACAAAGCCCAUGCGGUCCCGAUCCCGGUUCCUUGUUGCAGCGAAUGCGCCUCAGCAGACAUUCAUACCUUUGAGGAGUCAAGCAUCGUUGAAAUCAAAGCAAAGCGGAGCUGCUUUAAGGUUCUGCCCUGUUUUUGCAAGCGACGGGGAAGUUUUCUGAGGACCACAAAAAGAGGACAUUAUCUCUGUGAUCUCUGGACCCUGAUAGAAUUGUCAACAAUCUAGGGGUUAUAGUCCUUUCAAGCAUCUGAAGCAUUACACUGGUCGGGUUAGAGAGUGACCGAAUGAUUUGUGGCAAAGACGAGAUCUCAGCACAAGAUAAGUCAUGACAUAAUUGUUGCCCACCCCGCUGCAGCUUCGGGCCUUGAUCCUCAGAAGAAGCCUUGGAUGACAAUGCUGCUGAGCUCGGCCCUGUUUCUCAUAACCAGCAAGUAAAUCAGCACGCACACAAAACGGUUGUGUCUAAGAGUCCAGCUUCAAUCACAAGGAGGCCCCUCGGCAUUAAGAAAGUUUCACACACGUUGAGACGUCGUAGGCAUUUGGAGCGGUUUUGACAAAAGAGGAAAUGGCCACCUUUGAGCCGGGAGCCGUGCUCAAGGAGUUUCAAGACAACAACUUCAAGCUGGAAGAUGCGGCAGUCGGCGAUGCUUGUGCCAAUAUGGCUCAGAGCUUCGGACUCACCCCCGAGGAGCUGGUAGAAAGCUGGGAGGUCUUCUACCUGAACAUGAAAGUGAAGACCAACAACACUGUGACCAAGGGGGCCCUUGAAAACUUUCGGAAGCAUUUGGAACGUGAUCGCGUGGAAGCAUUCAAGAAGAAGCAACCUGCCGUCCACUUCUACACCAAGGAUGAUUUGGAAGAUGUUGACAUGGAUCAGCCUUCCACACCAUGGAAAUCCGGGGUCAAGCCAACAACAGGUUUGAGCCCGCAGCCUACUGGACGAUCAUCUGGCAUCCCGACAACCCAAAAGCCGAUUGCCGCAGACCCAGGUUCCCCUGUCACUCCCCUUUUUCCUGCUCCUGCGACGCCUUCCAAAACGCUCUUUCAGGCAACACCUGCCAGUGCGUUCAAACAGCGCACGAACUCGGGGGCUGUCCAGCUGAUCUUUGACCAGCCACUUGAAGGGGAGAGUGCGUCUGGGAUGGAGGUCGAUGGGGAAGCUUCCGAGCAGCCAUGUCAAAUAGAGGCAGCAAGAAACUGGGCGAGUGAAAGCUAUCGGUACAUGUAUGAUCGUGUUGAAGACAAGGCAAACGCACUAGAAAAGCGUCUACUUGCCUUUGGCGCCGCACUGGCCAGAGCUGAAGACUGCAGCACAUCCCAUCAGGUUUAUGCGGCAAGCCAGGACACAGUAACGGUUGUUGGACGAAUCUGCUGCGACACAGAGGGAGGCCGCAUAAACGAGCACUCUGUUCUCUUAGAAGGGAGCCAGGAGCACUCAAAUGGGGAGCGAGUCAAACUGGACCUGCGGAAUGUUCCGCACUUCUCAAUCUUUCCUGGACAGACCGUGGGAGUGGAGGGCCAAAACCCCAGCGGGCACUGUCUGGUCGCAUCCAGGCUGUUCGACGCCUUGCCACCGCCCCCGGCGUCAGCCACAGCUGACACAGGUGUAAACGGCAACACUAGUGCCCGUCUGCCCUCAAUGAUGGUCGCCGCGGGCCCGUUCACAGCCGCGGACAACCUGGCGUACGAGCCGUUGGAGGAGCUGCUGAGCGUGGCGAAGGCGCGCCGCCCGGACGUGCUGCUACUGCUGGGGCCGUUCGUGGACAGGGAGCACCCGCACGUGCGGCAAGGCACCGUGGAUGCGCACUUGGAGGACGUGUACGCGGAGCAGGUCCAGAAAAAGGUGGAGGCUUUCUGCGAGGAAGUCGGCUCGGGAGUCAAGGUGGUCGUUGUUCCGUCAGUGAGGGACAGCCACCACGAUGCCAUCUUUCCACAGCCGCCCUUUUCCUUGGACUGGAAAGACCCUGGCAAAGAGAUCACGUUCCUGAGCAACCCGGGCGUGUUCACCGCGAACGGGGUUCGCGUGGCGGUCACGACGAUGGACGUGCUGAAGCACCUGUCCAGCGAGGAGGCGGCCCGGGUGGCGCCCGGGGCAGCCAGCGACAGAAUGGCGCGCCUGGCCGGGCACAUCUUGGGACAGCGGAGUUUCUACCCGCUGUUCCCCCCUGCUCUGGGCACGCCCCUCGACCUGUCCCUCGCCCCAAACGCCCUGGAGCUGACCUCUCUCCCGGAUGUCCUCGUCCUUCCUUCCGACCUCGCUCCGUUUGUUAAGGUCCUUUCUGCGGAAUCCAAAGAGGGUGGCCAAUCAUCGCAGCCGGCUCAGGUCUUGUGUGUAAACCCGGGUCGGCUUUCGAAAGGUACAUCAGGAGGCACUUUCUCGUACAUCCAAAGCAAAGCUUCGCGCGGAGUUGCAGGCAAAGCCAACCCCGCAAAAGUUGAGAUCAUCCGAAUUUGAUUCCGGUCCGGACUUCCGCUGGUGAGGCUGCAGAAUGUAUUUUUGCAGACUGUGAUGCGGUUUGAGCAGAUGACCGGUCUUCAGGUUUUCAAGGAACCGAAGUGGUUGCUCUAAGAAUUUGCCUUCCUGAGAUCGACUAGUACAAACUCAUCCCUACGGCAUUUGCUCAUCGGC